ACCGCCUCUUAAAAAUAAUGUGGUUCCCAGUGUUUCGGGGGCAUUAGAAGCUUCGGGUUAGCGAAGCGACUCGGCCAUUGGACGGAUAUGAGAUUCGGACUUUCUCUGGCCGUGACACCUACGCCGCCUCCACCACUGCCCUUGCUGCUCCGCCUCCGCCCCACCAUCGGAAAUGUAUUUUUCUCAUAUUCCCCUUUCCCUGCUCGUAGGCCAAUGUGGUUCCGACCGAUUUACUUCAUCACCGGUGCAGCCGCCGCCGGAACAAGAUCCGAAAUGAAGCAGGUCCGAAGGUCAAGAAGCAUCGCCGUACCGCUUCCCUUCCCCUUGCCCUAUCCAUUUUCCUUGCUCGCUGGAUGCGGUGUACGGAACCUCUGUAGUCCUCGGGCUUCCCAGGCUUCUGAUUCUUCCGCAUCCAUUGACUCCAACGCCAUCCAGUCCAUGGAGACUAAGAUCAAGGAAAAACUAAAUGCAGAUGUUGUCAUUGUGAAAGAUGCUUAUGGUGAUGGCCGACAUAUCAGCAUUGAUGUAGUUUCAGCGGCAUUUGAGGGACAGUCUGCUGUCAAUAGGCAGAGAAUGGUGUACAAUGCUAUCUGGGAGGAACUUCAGAGCACAGUUCAUGCGGUUGACCAAAUGACUACAAGAACUCCUGCUGAAGCUGCAGACUAUCAAUAAAGCAGAAUAUGGAAGGAGUUGAUAUAUCCGCUUCCUUGAUUGUGGGAGAAAUUAUAUUUUAUAACUCUGCCCAUUUGACAUUUUUGACAAUUUGGGUGCUUUACCUGCCUUUUCUAUUGCCAUUAAUUAUGUGCUCACUCUCUAUUCAUGAUAUCUAAGGGCUUAGUUGUAAC